AUGAUGGAACACAAGCAAGUAGAGUCUCACACCCCACGAGGUCAUAUGAAGAGCGACAGCGUGACAUCGCAGUUGGAAAGGCCUGCCAGUCGAUAUCAACUAGGGAAGAACUUCUCUUAUCCUCGACCAGACGGAAACACCAUUCGCCAUGAGACUUCCGACAGCAGAUCGUCCGUCAACUCUAAUGGUUCCGUGCCAGGGAUGACGGACAGCUCUGACUCUGAUGGGUCGGGCGACGACGAUUACCAUUACAACACUUCUGCCAGUCGACUAUGGGACAGUUUCUGGCCGACAGCAACAGAAAAAGAACAUCCAAAUCAGACAGCGUCAAACGUGAUUGAUCGGCCACCGCAAAGUACAAACUCGUUCAGUCUUGACUACUGUACCGCAACACGCGACGAGGAUCCAGAGGAUGAUACAGUUACCAUAACGCAAUCAGUGCAGAAUGCGUCAGAAGCAAGGUCAAACCAGUGGCCACUGUCAAAAUCAUCACAUCUACAACCUGCACCAAAGCUGGCACGAAAUGCAGUAUCAUACUCUGUUUACCCGAAGCCAACACCACUACCGACUCGGAUCACACUCCCACCAAGAACUUCGUCGCUGACUUUGGAAGCUAACCUUCGACCAUUGAAAGGCAGCAAAUCCAAUGGUAACAUAAGUUCAAGGACCUCAAUCCCCAGUCUGUACUUGACGCCUCCACCGCCAAUCACCAUGACAGUCACAACACAAGAACCACCAAGGCCUGCCCCAGAGCCACCAGCUGGCCCUCCACAGAGACUACGACAAGCUACAUCUGCCUAUAGCAUCCGGGAAUCGUUGCACUUUAACGCUACUGCACCACUGGUGCCGAUGCCUCCUAUUCCCGAUCAGCUUAGGUCAGCACCUCCGCAAAUCGAGCACUUCGUCUCGGUCUUUGAGUUUGACUCGGAAACUGAAGACGACGGAGAAAACACUUUCGCCAAACGCAUCGCCCGCGGCCUUUCUCACAAGAAGAGUGCCAAAGAACUGGGUUCCAAGAAGGAGUCUCACAAGGGCCACAAGAAGAGCGUCAGUGAGAAGAGUGCUCUCAGUCCCAAGAAGAACAGCUCUGUUCUCGACGAGUCGUCAAGUCUGAGCCGCAAGAGGGGCGGUUCACUUGGCCGCAUGCUGCUCUUUAAGAAAUAG